AUCCCAUGACAUGAAAGAAUGUGAAAACUGUUAUAUCAUAUAUGUGAAAUAGUCAAAACCCUUUCUUCAAUCCCUUCUCUCCAAGCUUUAGGCAGAAAAAUCAAAAUAUCUGAAGUGUUGAGUUGAUGUGAGUGCAUACGUAGGAAAUACAUAUAAAUGAAUAAAAGUCAAAACUCAACUCUUGAAAACUUCUUCGUACGUAAGAUACAUACCAUGACAAUUCAACCCAAAUUCAUUUGUAUAAAUUAAUAUCCAAAUGACGUAACUGGUUUCCAGUCGUGGCCAUUUUCUAGUCUAUUGCAACUUGCAAACAAAACAAAAAGAUUGCCUUAAUUUCCCACAAGCUGCAAAGUGAUCAUCAAUGGAGAAGCAAGAAGCUAAAAAGCUUGGCCACCGGUUGGUGCUUGUAGUAUAUCCAUUCUAAGGCCACAUAAAUCCCAUGCUUCAACUUGCCACAAUCCUAUACUCCAAGGGCUUUUCAAUCACCAUAGCACACCCUCAAUUCAACUCUCCCAACCAUGAAAAUCAUCCUGAAUUUCACUUUGUAUCAAUACCAGAUGGCUUGUCUAAAACCAAUUUUUCACCUUCCAAUUUCAUGGCCGCGAUAUCGGCUCUUAAUAGUAAUUGUGAAGCUCCAUUUCAGAAAUACAUGGAGGAGAUGAUGAAAGUAGAGGAUCCACAUGAUCGGAUUGCCGGUGUUGUUUAUGAUGGGUUCAUGCACUUUGCUCAAGCUGUGGCUAACAAUUUGAAACUUCCUGGGAUUAAUGUGCGUACAAGUGCAGCUGCCACCUUGCUUUUGUUUGCCGUCUUUCCUGAUGCUCAUCAUGAGAAAGGCUAUAUUCCCUUUCCAGGUACGUGUGAAUUUGAAAGCUUUAAUUUUGGGGUAGACAAUUCCUUUAGGUGAAAGUACAUUAAUUAA